CAGCACGUCACAUUGCCUAGCCAUGCGGAAGUGAAAGGACCGGUUUAGCUACAACAACAAGAAAGUCUGUCGUAUGUUUUUGUGAUUGUGUUAGUCCCGGGAAAGGUUCUAGAGAACAUGGCGUUACCGUCCCAGUUCAAAGCCGUCCAGCACCACCUACGGACCGCACAGGAACAUGAACAACGGGAUCCUGUUGUGUCUUAUUACUGCAGACUCUACGCCAUGCAGACCGGAAUGAAGCUGGACAGUAAAAGUCCUGAGUGCAGAAAGUUCCUGGUGAAGCUCAUGGACCAGUUGGAGUCCAUGAAGAAGGAGUUGAGUGACAAUGACUCCAUCAGUCAGGAGGUGGUUGGCAACGCGCACAUAGAAAACUACGCCUUAAAGAUGUUCUUGUAUGCUGACAACGAGGACCGAGCUGGACGAUUCCACAAGAACAUGAUCAAGUCUUUCUACACGGCUAGUCUGCUGCUGGAUGUCCUGUCUGUCUUUGGAGAGUUAUCGGACGAGAAUAUCCAGCACAGGAAGUACGCCCGGUGGAAGGCCACAUACAUCCAUAACUGUCUGAAGAGUGGCGAGACACCUCAGGCUGGGCCAGUCGGCAUGAACCUGGAGGAGGAAGCAGACGGAGAUGAAGGUUUCUCAGGUCAGACCUUUUCACAGGGGGGAUCAUUCCAUGGGGGAGCUUCCUCUCAGGACCAGAGUUUUAGUGAGGUUUCGGCCCCGGGCUUUGGCUUUGCUACUGGUCCAGAAUUAGGACCAUCGGCCCCCACCUCCGCCAACUACAAUAACAUCCAUAUCCCCCCUGGUGCGCACGCCCCUGCUAACACCCCAGCUGAGCUGCCACCUCCUUCAGACACAGUCAAACCAGUACCAAUGUCUCGAGCUGCGCCAACUGUCGACCCGCCCUCCCUGCUCAACACCACCCAGCACCACGGUGAUGUUCAUCUGUCUCCAGAAGACUUCACCUUGGCCCAAAAGUACUGCAAGUAUGCAGGCAGUGCCCUUCAGUACGAAGAUGUGUCCACCGCCAUCCAGAACCUCCAGAAGGCCCUCAAGCUGCUCACCACAGGCAAAUAAUGAUGCCUUUGUCCUCCUCCAGUCGCCAGUGCUCUAUCUACACUAUCUUCAUACACAUGCACGCGCACACACACACGCACGUACACACGCACGCACAUACACACAUGCACAUACACACGCACCCACACAUACACAUGCACACGCACACAGCAGACUGCAACAAUGGCUGCCAGUGUGUCUGUGCUGCCAUUCUUUGGUUAGUUUGGUUAUCAAGGAUGUGCUGUGUGAGCAUGACAUGCUAAUCACACUGGAACCAGCGUGCACAAGAGUGUACAGGCAAAGUGUUUUGUUGCACCCACAGCGAUCAUGUGACGACAACCUGUCUUUAUUUCCCCGUCAUCGGGGCUCCCUUUUACAAACUUUACUAAAUAAAGAAGGCUCAAGGGGGCGCUUUUUUUUCUUUUGCUUGAAAAAAAUUAAUUUUGGUUUUAAUUUGGGUUUGGGUUGUGUUGAUUUAAAGCAGCCAUACCUGCGCCAGCUCUGCCCUUACAGAUGUGUGGGGGCUUUCACGCUGCAUGUAUAAUGAACGAGCAUGCUAAUCUAAAUGCUAACAACAUUGCUAUGCCCGCCUAAUAACAAGCUAGCGUAGCAUCAACAAUGUCUUUUCACUGUUGUCACAGAUCUGAUGCAAUCUUUCAAAAUCAUGUCAAUAAAAUGUUAUAUUUGCAGGAAA